AUUUUCACUCAAGUGCCCGCCUCCUUAGGUCACCCGGCACUUGGGCUGAAAAUUCCUGCUGAAGCUUUUCAUGCUAAAUUAUCUCUCUCUGCUCAGUGAAGAGGAGCUGUAAACAAAGCGCGAGCUGUUUAGACGGAGAUGGCGAUCACCACAGAGCUCAUUCGUGAAAAACUGAUCGCCGAAAUUGGUGCAGUACACGUGGAAGUAGAAGACACUUCUCCAAACAGAUGUGCUGCUAGUUUUAAGGUCCUUGUAGUUUCCCCUCAGUUUGAAGGAAAACCACUGUUGCAGAGGCACAGGAUGGUGAACACUUGCCUUGCUAAUGAACUGAAAGAGAUACAUGCUUUUGAGCAGAAGACCUUGACGCCAGAGCAGUGGGAAAAACAGAAACAGCAGUGACACAUACAUACACAUGCGCACACACACACACAUAGUAUUCACAUUCUAAUCUGAAAAUAUUUUAUGUUACAAUAAUCCAGUCUUUGCUUUACCUUCAUAUUUCAAAUAAACAUUAUUAAGAACACAGUUGCUGAGAAACUAAGGUAAACUGGAACAUGAUAUUUGUAUGAAUAAAGGAAAGUUUCAUGUACUUCAUCUGUUGAGUAAGAA